ACCAAGCUCCGCGAAAGGAGGCAAGUUCCCACAGCCGGUUCGCUGGCGGUAGGCGAGGCGGGGGUCUCGCCCACCUCCUCGGCAGCUGCCGUGUGCCCCGAUUGUACUCGUCUUUUCCCUCGUGGAGGAAAACGGACUCACUAGGCUAAGGAAAAUGCCAAUUAUCUGGAUGUGACCGUGAAAAGAGAACGUGGGACUGGAGGAAGCAGAAGAGGAGGAAAAGCAUUAUUUGAAGAGAAGAAUAAACCAGGCACUCCAACCCUUCUGCAAAUUAGUGCUGUUACUUCUGGGGUCCAUCUGCUUUUAUCCCCCCAACCCCUCCAUUAAGAAACCUUGACUUGAGGGCCAAGAGACAGCCCCCUACCACUGGGCAUCCUUCUGGGUUGGAAGACCUUUUGGAUGUAGCGUUGGUGGAACAUUUAGACACUCUCCUCUGGAAAAGCCACCAUGAAUUCGAUAGCUGGGAAUAAAGAGAGGCUUGCAGUCUCCACCAGGGGCAAGAAAUACGGGGUGAAUGAAGUCUGCUCGCCCACCAAGCCCGCGGCGCCCUUCUCCCCCGAGAGCUGGUACCGGAAAGCAUACGAAGAGUCCCGCGCCGGGAGCCGGCCCACCCCCGAGGGCGCGGGCUCGGCGCUCGGCUCGUCUGGGACCCCGUCCCCGGGCUCAGGUACUUCGUCCCCGAGCUCCUUCACGGGCUCCCCGGGCCCCGCCUCCCCGGGCAUUGGCACCAGCUCGCCGGGCUCCCUUGGCGGCUCGCCAGGCUUCGGCACGGGCUCCCCGGGCUCGGGCAGCGGCGGCGGCUCCUCCCCCGGAUCAGACCGCGGCGUCUGGUGCGAGAAUUGCAACGCCCGCCUGGUGGAGCUGAAGAGGCAGGCUCUGAAGCUGCUCCUCCCCGGGCCCUUCCCCGGCAAGGAUCCUGCUUUCUCGGCGGUGAUUCACGACAAGCUCCAGGUCCCCAAUACCAUCCGGAAGGCAUGGAAUGACAGGGACAACCGCUGUGACAUUUGUGCCACGCACUUGAACCAGCUGAAGCAGGAGGCCAUUCAGAUGGUGCUGACCCUGGAACAGGCGGCUGGCAGCGAGCACUUGGAUGGCUCCCCAGGCUCUCCCCCACCCCUCUCCAACGUCCCCACUCUGGUGGGUUCCCGGCACGUGGGGGGGCUCCAGCAGCCCAGGGAUUGGGCUUUUGUGCCCGCCUCCUAUGCCCCCUCAAGCUACACAGCCUUUGUCACCAAUAAGCAUAGCAGCAAACCCAACAGCCUCGGGGUCAGCAAUGGGGCGGAGAAGAAGAGUGGGUCUCCAACCCACCAGGCCAAGGUCAGCCUCCAGAUGGCCACCAGUCCCAGCAACGGGAACAUCCUCGGCUCAGUGGCCAUCCAGGCUCACCAGUACCUGGACGGCACCUGGUCCCUGUCGAGAACCAACGGGGUCACCCUGUACCCCUACCAGAUCUCCCAGCUGAUGACAGAGCCUGGCCGGGAAGGCCUGACAGAGGCGGCGCUGAAUCGCUACAAUGCGGACAAGCCUUUGGCCUGCAGCAGCGUCCCUGCCCCGCAGGGCUCCUGCGUGGCCAGCGAGACCUCCUCGGGCACCUCGGUGGCCGCGUCCUUCUUCGCCAGAGCUGCCCAGAAGUUAAAUCUCUCAUCUAAGAAGAAGAAACAUCGGCCUUCCACUUCUGUUGCCGAGCCACCUCUCUUUGCCACCAGCUUCAGUGGGAUUCUCCAGACGUCCCCACCCCCGGCCCCGCCCUGCCUGCUGAGGGCUGUCAGCAAGGUGAAGGACACCCCAGGCCUCGGCAAGGUGAAAGUCAUGCUUCGAAUCUGUUCCACGCUGGCUCGCGAUACCUCAGAAUCCAGCUCUUUCUUAAAGGUGGACCCACGGAAGAAGCAAAUCACCUUGUAUGACCCCCUGACAUGUGGAGGUCUAAAUGCCUUCCCAAAGAGAGGGAACCAAGUUCCUCCUAAGAUGUUUGCCUUUGAUGCGGUUUUUCCACAAGAUGCUUCUCAGGCUGAAGUGUGUGCUGGAACCGUGGCAGAAGUGAUCCAGUCUGUGGUCAACGGGGCAGAUGGCUGUGUGUUCUGUUUCGGCCACGCCAAGCUGGGAAAGUCCUACACCAUGAUCGGCAAAGACGACUCCAUGCAAAACCUGGGCAUCAUCCCCUGUGCCAUCUCUUGGCUCUUCAAACUGAUCAACGAACGGAAAGAAAAGACUGGAGCACGUUUUUCGGUGCGGAUCUCAGCUGUGGAGGUGUGGGGUAAAGAAGAGAACCUUCGGGACCUGCUGUCGGAGGUGGCCACGGGCAGCCUGCAGGACGGCCAGUCCCCCGGCGUGUACCUGUGCGAGGACCCCAUCUGUGGCACGCAGUUGCAGAACCAGAGCGAGCUGCGGGCACCCACCGCGGAGAAGGCUGCCUUCUUCCUGGAUGCGGCCAUUGCCUCCCGGCGGGGCAACCAGCAAGACUGUGAUGAGGAUGACCUCCGCAACUCGCACAUGCUCUUCACACUGCAUAUCUACCAGUACCGCAUGGAGAAGAGCGGCAAGGGGGGAAUGUCUGGAGGCCGCAGCCGCCUGCACCUCAUCGAUCUUGGCAGCUGUGUGAAAGCUCUUAGCAAAAAUCGGGAAGGAGGCUCAGGGCUGUGCCUCUCACUGUCUGCCCUGGGCAAUGUCAUCCUGGCUCUCGUCAAUGGCAGCAAGCACAUCCCAUACAAAGAAAGCAAGCUCACCAUGCUGCUGCGGGAGUCCCUGGGGAAUGUGAACUGCCGCACCACCAUGAUUGCUCACAUCUCUGCCGCCGCCGGGAACUACGCCGAAACCCUGUCCACCAUCCAGAUCGCCUCGCGAGUCUUGAGGAUGAAGAAAAAGAAAACGAAGUACACAUCGAGCUCCUCCGGGGGAGAGAGCUCCUGCGAGGAAGGCAGAAUGCGCAGGCCCACCCAGCUGAGACCCUUCCAUGCCAGGGCUGCCGUCGAGUCGGACUUCCCCAUCCCUCACCUGUCCAGCGACCCCGACUACUCCUCCAGCAGCGAGCAGUCCUGCGACACGGUCAUCUACAUCGGGCCAAACGGCACGGCCCUCUCUGACAAGGAGCUGACGGACAAUGAGGGGCCCCCAGACUUUGUCCCUAUCGUGCCAGCCCUGCAGAAGGCCAGGGGUGACAGCCGGUCCACAGAGGCUGGAGAGGCCGGCGCCGGCAAAUCGGAAAGGGACUGCUUGAAGUGCAACACAUUUGCCGAGCUGCAGGAGCGGUUGGAUUGCAUCGAUGGCAGCGAGGAGCCCAGCAAGUUCCCCUUCGAAGAGCUGCCGGCCCAGUUUGAGGCAGAGCAGGCAAGCAAGAGUGUCCCAUUGAGCCAGGCAGCCGGGACAAGCCCUCUCUGUGAGUCUGAUAAGGAAGACGAUGGCUCAGACGGCCAGCUGACAGACAGAGAAGGUGCGGAGCCCCUGGCCUCCAAGUUGCAGCGGAAUCACUCCCCAGUCCCUGCCGCAUUGCUCACCAACAGCCCCACCCCUGCCUCACCCAGGAGCAUCCCCGGCAGCAGCAGCCAGCACAGUUCUUCCCAGCUCGCGCAGAGCCCCAGCCUCCGGAGCAGCCGGGAAAGCCUAAACUCCUGUGGCUUUGUGGAAGGCAAGCCCAGGCCCAUGGGCUCCCCCAGGCUGGGCAUCGCCAGCCUGUCCAAGACCUCAGAGUACAAACCAGCCAGCUCUCCUUCCCAGAGAUGCAAAGUCUACACCCAGAAGGGGGUCCUGCCUUCUCCAGCCCCGCUGCCCACCAUGAGCAAGGAUUCGGGCAUGGUGUCUAGUGAGUCCCUGCUGCAGCCCGAGGUACGCACCCCCCCAGUCGGAAUGAGCCCCCAGGUUUUGAAGAAAUCCAUGUCUACUGGGAGUGAAGGGUUCCCAGAAACCCCUGUGGAUGACGAUCAUCAGGCAGCAACUUCCCCAGAUUCUAAGAAGGAGGUUCUGAGCACCACAAUGGUGACGGUGCAGCAGCCUCUGGAGCUGAAUGGUGAAGACGAGCUGGUGUUCACGCUGGUGGAGGAGCUGACCAUCAGCGGGGUGCUGGAUAGUGGCCGCCCCACCAGCAUCAUCAGCUUCAACAGUGACUGCUCGGUGCAGGCCUUGGCCUCAGGCUCCCGGCCCGUCAGCAUCAUCGGCAGCAUCAGCGAGGACCUGGAGUGCUACUCAAACGUGGCUCCUGUGUCCGAGGUCAGCAUCACGCAGUUCCUGCCCCUCCCAAAGCUAAACCUGGACGAGAAGGCCCGGGAAGCGGGGAGCAGACGUUCCUCCAUCAGCUCCUGGCUGAGUGAGAUGAGCACAGGCAGUGACGGUGAGCAACCGUGCCACAGUUUCAUAGCACAGGCGUGUUUUGGGCACGGGGAAGCAAUGGCAGAUCCUCCGGCCUCGGAGUUCGUCAGCAACAUCCAGAACACCGCCGUGGUGUGCCGGGAGAAGCCCAAGGCAGGCCCCGACAACCUGCUCAUCUUGUCUGAAGUGGGGGAAGACUCCUUCAACAAGGCAGCCCCCAUCAAAGGCUGCAAGAUAUCUACCCUGGGCAAGGCCAUGGUCACCAUCUCUAACACGGCCAGUCUGAGCAACUGCGAAGGGUUCAUCCCCAUGAAGACGAACAUCACAGUAUACCCCUGCAUUGCCAUGAGCCCCCGCGGUGUCCAGGAGCCCGAGGUGUCCCUGGCCACCGUCAGCUCAGUCCCCAAAGCAGCCCAGUCCCAGGAGAGCGCCAUGAGCCCCCGCAGUGGCCAGGAGCCUGAGGUGUCCCUGGCCACCGUCAGCUCAGUCCCCAAAGCAGCCCAGUCCCAGGGGAGCAAGGAAAGUGGUGCAAAGAAAGAGAUGAAAUUUGAGGAUCCCUGGCUGAAACGAGAAGACGAGGUAAAAAAAGAGAAUGCUUAUCCCAAUGAAGAAGGGAGUAGGUUUGAGACAGCUGCAGGCCCCCCAAAGCCUGAGGCCAGAGCAGAACAGGACAAGAAGGUCAGCCCCAGCGACAGGCUGAGCAACAGUAGCGGUGAGGUGUCUGCCUUCCCAGGGGCCGACAACUUCAGGAGAGUUGUGGAUGGCUGUGAGAUGGCCCUGCCCAAUGUGGCUGCCCAGAGCCCCGUGCAUCUCAACAAAAGCCUGAAGUCCAGCAGCCUUCCCAGGGCUUUUCAGAAAGCCAGCAGGCAGGAGGAGCUAGACAGCCUCUUCUACCACUGUGCCUCAGAGACCAAUGGCAUUGGCUUGGCUUCCAGCACCCAGCCCUCCAAGGCCACCCUGGAGAGGAAGGUGGCGUCCCCCAAGCACUGUGUCCUGGCUCGGCCCAAAGGGACUCCCCCGUUGCCCCCGGUCCGGAAGUCCAGCCUGGACCAGAAGAACCGGGCCAGCCCCCAGCACAGCGCCUGCAGCAGCAGCUCCAGCAGCCCCUUGAACCAACCUGCGCCCUUCUUGGCCAGCUUCCCCGACGAACCUAGUGGCAAGAUGAAGGAUGCCAGCAGCAGCAGCAAGCUCUUCAGCGCCAAGCUGGAGCAGCUGGCCAGUCGGACCAACUCUCUGGGCAGGACCACAGUCAGCCACUACGAAUGCCUCUCACUGGAGAGGGCCGAGAGCCUGUCCUCCAUGAGCUCCCGGCUGCACGCGGGCAAGGACAGCACCAUGCCCCGCACGGGGAGGAGCCCGGGCCGCAGCGCCGGGGCCUCGCCCACCAACCCGGGCCCCACGCAGUCCGCCGGGGCCUCGCCCAAGGCCAGCCAGUCCAAGAUCUCCGCCGUGAGCAAGCUGCUCCUGGCCAGCCCCAAGGCCCGCAGCCUGUCCACCUCCACCACCAAGACCCUGAGCUUCUCCACCAAGUCCCUGCCGCAGGCGGUGGGCCAGAGCUCCGGGCCGCCCCCCGGCGGGAAGCACAUGUCCUGGUCCACCCAGUCGCUGAGCCGGAGCCGAGGCUCGGGCCUGGCGUCCAAGCUGCCCCUGCGGGCGGUGAACGGGCGCAUCUCGGAGCUGCUGCAGGGCGGCGCGGGCGCGCGGGGGCCUCGGGCGAGCGUGCUAAGCGGGGAGCUGCCGCCCGCCAUGGGCAAGACGGCGCUCUUCUACCACAGCGGCGGCAGCAGCGGCUACGAGAGCAUGAUGCGCGACAGCGAGGCCACCGGCAGCGCGUCGUCCACCCAGGACUCCAUGAGCGAGAACAGCAGCUCCGUGGGUGGGCGCUGCCGCAGCCUCAAAGCCCCAAAGAAGCGUGCCAACUCAGGUUCCCAGAGACGGAGGCUCAUCCCGGCGCUGUCCCUUGACACCCCCUCCCCCGUGAGAAAACCCACCAAUAGCGCGGGGGUUCGCUGGGUGGACGGCCCCUUGCGCAGCACCCAGAGGGGCCUCGGGGAACCUUUUGAGAUUAAAGUCUAUGAAAUCGACGACGUGGAGCGGCUGCAGCGGCGCCGAGGGGGCAGCAGCAAGGAGGUCAUGUGUUUUAACGCAAAACUGAAAAUUCUGGAGCAUCGCCAGCAGAGAAUCGCGGAGGUCCGAGCCAAGUACGAAUGGCUGAUGAAGGAGCUGGAGACGACCAAGCAGUAUCUGAUGCUAGACCCUAACAAGUGGCUCAGUGAAUUUGACUUGGAGCAGGUUCUGGAGCUGGAUUCCCUGGAGUACCUGGAAGCGCUGGAGUGCGUGACGGAGCGCCUGGAGAGCCGCGUCAAUUUCUGCAAGGCGCACCUCAUGAUGAUCACCUGCUUCGACAUCACCUCCCGGCGCCGCUGA